AUGGCACCCGAAAUUAAAUACACAAAGUUGUUCAUUGACAACGAAUGGGUGGACGCUAAGAGUGGCAAAACCUUCGAGACAUACAACCCUCAUGAUGGAUCCGUCAUCGCCAGAGUUGCUGAGGGGGAUAAGGAAGACGUAGACUUGGCAGUAGCUGCAGCAAAGCGUGCAUUCCAUCGCAACUCAGAAUGGCGUCAGAUGGACGCCUCCAAACGUGGGGAAAUACUUUACAAAUUUUCUCAGCUCGUAGAAAGAGACCAAAAGUACCUUGCUGAACUUGAAUCCUACAACAAUGGCACUGUACUUAAUUUCGCCUACGGAUUUGUUAGCGGAGCUGUGAACUCCAUCAGGUACUUCGCAGCCUGUGCUGAUAAAAUAACAGGAGAAACUAUACCCGCAGAUGGCGAAGUUUUCUCAUACACCCUGAGACAACCCGUGGGCGUGUGCGCAUUAAUUCUGCCAUGGAAUGCUCCAAUUUCUAUGUUCCUUAGCAAAGUUUGCACAGCUCUUGCUGCAGGUUGUACCAUGGUGGUAAAGCCAGCAGAACAAACUCCGCUUACCGCACUCGUACUUGCGGCACUUCUAGCCGAAGCUGGUGUCCCCAAGGGAGUUGUAAACGUUAUCAAUGGUUUCGGACCUGGUGCUGGUACCAGCCUCACUCAUCACAGUGAUGUCGCUAAGGUGUCCUUCACUGGCUCUCGCGAGGUCGGAAAACUGAUCCAGCAGGCGUCAGGUGCCAGUAACUUGAAGAGAGUCACUCUAGAACUCGGUGGAAAGAGCCCUCUAAUCAUUAUGGACGACGCUGAUUUGGACGUUGCUGUUCGCUAUGCCGGUAACUCAGUAUUCUUCCUUCAAGGACAAAUGUGUAUAGCAGCUUCUCGUUUAUUUGUACAAUCUGGCAUCUACGACAAAUUCGUUGAAGCUGCUGUCAAGUACGCACAAAGCAUUAAAGUUGGAAACCCAACCGAUCCCACCUCACAGAACGGACCUCAGAUUGACAAAGAAAUGAUGAACAAAGUUUUGGGAUACAUCGAGAGCGGAAAACAAGAAGGUGCGAAGUUGUUAUGUGGCGGUCACAGAAUCGGUACCUCUGGUUACUACAUCCAGCCCGCCGUCUUCGCUAACGUCACCGAUAACAUGACCAUCGCAAAGGAGGAGAUCUUUGGCCCCGUACAAAGUAUUCUAAAGUUUGACACUUUAGACGAGGCUAUUGACCGGGCUAACGCUACAGAAUAUGGACUAGCAGCUGGAAUUUUCACAACCAAUCUUAACAAUGCUCUGCAGUUCUCCAAACACGUUGAAGCUGGAAUUGUUUGGGUCAACACAUAUCUACAUUUCACGCCUCAACAGCCGUUCGGAGGAUUCAAACAGUCUGGAAUUGGUCGUGAGAAUGGAUUGGAUUCAUUACUAGCUUACACCGAAGUGAAGACAGUCGCCACGGCCUUACCUAAAACAGUUUGA